CGCCUGGCGGCGCGCGCCCACGCCGGCCGCCGCCUCCGCCGCCUCUAUAUAACUUCGCUCACCCUCACCUCCCAAUGGCAAACAGCCUUGGAAUCCUCCAGAAUACUUCCUCCCACGCCUCUUCCCUCCCCUCCUCGCCCAACGCCCAUAGCGUCUUCCCUCCCCUCCUUCCCUACGGUGUCCAACCUCUCCUCCCCUAUGGCGUCCGACCACAUCCCCUCCUCCCCGUCCUCCCGCACCUCCGACGCCUCCUCCACCUCCACCACGUCCCUCCCCUGCUCCUACAUCACGGUGGCUUCGGUGGACGAGAUGCGGUUCGCCUUGAGGUGCGAGACUCCCGAGGUGCAGGUGAAGUUCGAACUCGCAGCGGACUCCUCCUUGGCCGCGGCUCAUAAGCUGUGGGAGCUGGUGAGCGCUCAUCAGCGCGGCGGCGAUGCCGAGCUCAGCAAUCCUGACUGCCUUAGCAACAAGGAGGAGGCGCUCAGAUGCGUCAAGAGCAAGCUGGAGAGAUUACGGCGUUGGGAGCGCCACCUAGAUCGCAAGCGCGGCAAGGUGAUGGAACAGGUGUCUACGCUGAACGAGGUGAUCGACGUUGGGGGACCAGGUGCUCGUCCGGGAUAUCAACCGCACCGCUGCACCGGGCUCUCAGCGGACAUCGACAUCGACCAGAAAGUUGACGAGAAGGAGAUGAGGGGACACAUCGAGGCCAUCCGGGCCCUCCUCCUGCAGGGCUCCCCAGGUAGCCCGGCAACAGAUGGAGGCAAAUAUUCCUUGCAGAGCUGCUUGGAUCGUGAGGCCGAAGAGCAGCUCGACAUUGCCCGCUUCAACCUCGCCUACCUGCAGCUAAAAGCCACAGGACUGGAGCUCCUGAGCGGUCAUCUGGUGAGCGGGAUCGCAGACCUGGAGAAGCGAUUCAUCGACGAGCCUACCCACCUCGGGGCUAGCGACGCAGAGUUUGUCAAUUUCAUUGAGGUCCCGAUGUAUGCAGACGAGGCGCCACCUCCCCAAGCGAGCCAUGACUUCUAUUGCUGAUCGCUCAGCCCGCUGAUCACUGCUACAGAGUUUUGUUUGUGUCCAGUCGGUCGGGUUUCUGUCAGGAAGGGAGGAAAGUCAAGGAGAAGACUCUGUUGGGCCGCACGGAUUCCUGAACUCGAUGAUAGCUUAGCUGAACUCUGCCUCUCUGAAUCCUGUCACGAAACUGUAAUAAGUCGGUCGGUCUGAAACACCUGUUGGGCCGCACGGAUUCCUGAAGACCUGAACUCGUUGAUAGCUGAACUCUUCCGCAUUCUUCUUCUGUAUAUAAUAGUGUGUUCGUCGCUACGUCAGUCAUGUCUGAAUUCUGAUGAACCUGUGCUGUCCACGAUCAGGCUCUGUGGGAAGCCAA